CAAGCGAAGCGUAUCUUGUGACAAAAUGUGGAGAAUAAGUAAAAAUAUUGCGGCGCGUAUAACGCCAAAGGCUCAGCAGCCGGCUGUCAAAACUGUACCUGUCCUGCAGCAACACUUGCGUUUUAGUUCAGCAAAGGCAGAAGUGUCAGUGCCUUCCUCAGCGGAUGUUGUUAUAAUUGGUGGCGGUUCGGCUGGCUGUCAUACACUGUAUCAUUUGGCCAAACGUGGCGUUAAAGCGGUUUUGUUGGAACGUGCCAAACUAACAGCCGGCACCACCUGGCAUACAGCGGGUUUGGUGUGGCGUCUACGACCCAAUGAUGUGGAUAUACAACUAUUGGCUAAUUCACGCAAUAUGCUAAUGCAAUUGGAAGAGGAAACUGGUCUAGAUCCCGGUUGGAUACAAAAUGGUGGAGUUUUUAUAGCACAUUCAGAUACUCGUUUAGAUGAAUACAGACGUUUGGCCACAGUGGGAAAUGCUUUGGGCAUUGAGAACUAUGUGCUUACCCCCGAAGAGACACAAAAAGUGUUCCCCCUUUUGGAUCCUAAAUCAUUUAUUGGUGCUUUAUAUUCACCCGGAGAUGGUGUUGUAGAUCCAGCCAUGUUGUGUACCGCUUUAACGAGAGCUGCUGGUAAAAAUGGCGGUAAAGUGAUUGAGAAUUGUCCAGUAGAUGAUUUGGUGGUGGAAAAUACUGGCCGCGGCAAAAAGAUAGUGGGUGUUCAAACACCUUAUGGUACAAUUAAAACAGACACUGUAGUCAAUGCCACCGGUGUUUGGGGUAGAGAUUUGAUUGAGAAACAUGGUUCAUUUUUGCCAUUGAUACCCAUGAAACAUGCUUAUAUAUUAUCGGAAUCGAUACCAGGCGUUAGAGGUCUGCCCAAUAUACGUGAUCAUGAUUAUUCCAUAUACUUUAGAAUACAAGGUGAUGCCAUACAAAUGGGUGGCUAUGAACCAAAUCCUAUUUUAUUGGAUCCAGUGGAUAAAGAUUUUCAUUUUGGUUUGUACGAUUUGGAUUGGUCCGUAUUCGAUGCUCAUUUAAAUGGUGCCGUUAAGUUGUGUCCUUCUUAUGGCAAUUAUGGUGUCAAGAGUACUGUUUGUGGUCCCGAGUCAUUUACACCCGAUCACAAGCCCUUGAUGGGACCUGACACGGUUAUUAGCGGUUUAAUACACAAUUGUGGUUUCAAUUCGGCUGGCAUGAUGUUUGGCGGUGGUUGUGGAGAACAAACUGCUCUGUGGGUUAUUAAUGGCAAACCAGACUUGCCCAUGUUUGGUUUUGACCUGAGGCGUUUUACGGACAAACAGAGUAAAGCUACCCAAUGGAUUAAUGAAAAGUCCCACGAAAGUUAUGCCAAAAAUUACAGUAUGGUAUUUAAGUAUGAUCAACCUUUGGCUGGACGUGAUUUCCAAAAGGAUCCUUUGCACGAUGACAUGCUGUCUUAUAAUGCCUUCAUGGAAGAGAAACAAGGUUGGGAGCGUCCGGGAUUCUUUUUACAAAAACCCGCACCCGUCUUAUCAUACGAUUGGUAUGGUAGCUAUGGCAAUGAACGCCAUAAAGAUUGCCCGUAUGAAAGUGUUUUGGAUGGCGAUUUAAAGUAUGGCAGUCUUUCGGAACAUCACAAUUUGAUUGGUGAAGAGGCCAUGGCAUGCCGUAAUAAUGCUGUGGUAUUCAAUAUGAGCUAUUUUUGUAAACUCUAUUUGGAAGGACCCGAUGCCCAAAAGGCGGCGGAUUGGAUAUUUUCAGCAAACACUAAUCGCGAUGUUAAAAAAACCGUUUACACUUGUGCUCUUAACAACUCUGGCGGCGUAGAAGCCGAUGUAACCAUAUCAAAAUUAAAUUCCGGCUCUGGUGCUCCACAUGAUCCUAAAUUCGAGGGACAAGGCUAUUAUAUUGUAGCUGGCGGUGCCUCAGCAUACUACACAUACACCAUGAUGGCCGAUGAAAUACGUAAACAAGGUUUCAAUUGCACUGUACGAGAUGUUACCGCCGACAUGGGAGUCAUUUCCAUACAAGGUCCCAAAUCAAGAGACAUUCUACAAAACAUUGUUCAAUGUGAACUUACAGAUGAGAAUAUACCGCCCAAUGCCACAGUAUUAACUCAAUGUUCGGGCUAUGAUGUUCGGCUGUUGCGUGUUAGUUUUGUUGGAGAACUCGGCUAUGAAUUGCAUGUACCCAAAGAGUAUUGUUCAAAUGUCUACAAGGCUUUGAUGAAGGCUGGAGAACCACAACAAUUAAGAAAUGCUGGCUAUCGUGCUUUAUAUUCGUUGAGUAGUGAAAAGGGUUAUCAUUUGUGGAGUUUUGAUUUGAGACCCGAUGAUACACCUUUAGAAGCUGGUCUAGGUUUUACAUGCCGCAAACAGGGUGUGUACAAGGGCAAAGAAGCUAUUGAACGUCAGCGUAAAGAGGGCAUCGAAAAACGUUUGGUAUAUUUAACACUCGACGAGCAAGUACCCAUUUGGGGUUUGGAAGGUGUCUAUAGAAAUGGCCAACCUGUUGGUUUCCUGCGCAGAGCUGAGUAUGCCUAUUACUUGGGCAAACCUUUGGGACAAACUUACAUACAGAGAACAGAUGGCCAGAAAAUCGAUAAUGAAUUUAUUAAAUCGGGUGAAUAUGAAAUCGAUGUUCUGGGAAAACGUUACAAGGCGAAAUGUCAUAUGAGAAGUCCCUUCGAUCUAGAGGGCAAGCGUGUCUUAGGUAAAUAUUAACAAUAAGAAGAAAUAAGAUGAAAUAAAAGAAAUAAAGACUUUUUUUUAAA